GCCGGCCGCGGCGGCCGCGGCGAUGCCGACAAGCAGGUCGGGGAAGUUUCCCGCCGGCCUCGGCCGCGGGCCCCCGUGCUCGCAGGUGUAGCGCCGCCGCGCGGCACGGGCGCCGGGAGCCUCCAGCAUGACCCGCCGGAGCCCGUGGGACGCGAACGAGGCCAACGUCGAAGACGGGGAGAUCCGCGUCAACGUAGGGGGCUUCCGGAGGCGGCUGCGCUCGCACACGCUGCUGCGCUUCCCGGAGACGCGCCUGGGCCGCCUGCUGCUCUGCCGCUCGCGCGAGGCCAUCCUGGAGCUCUGCGACGACUACGACGACGCGCAGCGCGAGUUCUACUUCGACCGCAACCCCGAGCUGUUCCCCUACGUGCUGCACUUCUACCACACCGGCAAGCUGCACGUCAUGGCGGAGCUGUGCGUCUUCUCCUUCAGCCAGGAGAUCGAGUACUGGGGCAUAAACGAGUUCUUCAUCGACUCCUGCUGCAGCUACAGCUACCACGGCCGCAAAGUGGAGCCGGAGCAGGAGAAGUGGGACGAGCAGAGCGACCAGGAGAGCACCACGUCCUCCUUCGAUGAGAUCCUGGCUUUCUACAGCGACGCCUCCAAGUUCGAUGGGCAGCCGCUGGGCAACUUCCGCAGGCAGCUGUGGCUGGCGCUGGACAACCCCGGCUACUCGGUCUUGAGCAGGAUCUUCAGUGUCUUGUCUAUCCUGGUGGUGCUGGGGUCCAUCAUCACCAUGUGCCUGAAUAGCCUGCCGGACUUCCAGAUACCUGACAGCCAGGGCAACCCUGGAGAGGACCCCAGGUUCGAAAUUGUGGAGCAUUUCGGCAUUGCCUGGUUCACGUUUGAGCUGGUGGCCAGGUUUGCUGUGGCCCCUGACUUCCUCAAGUUUUUCAAGAACGCCCUAAACCUCAUUGACCUCAUGUCCAUCGUCCCCUUUUACAUCACUCUGGUAGUGAAUCUGGUGGUGGAGAGUACACCGACCUUGGCCAACUUGGGCAGGGUGGCCCAGGUCCUGAGGCUGAUGAGGAUUUUUCGCAUCUUGAAGCUGGCUAGACACUCCACUGGCCUCCGCUCCCUGGGGGCCACCCUGAAAUACAGCUACAAAGAAGUAGGGCUGCUCUUGCUCUAUCUCUCUGUGGGGAUUUCUAUCUUCUCCGUUGUGGCCUACACCAUUGAAAAGGAGGAGAAUGAGGGCCUCACCACCAUCCCCGCCUGCUGGUGGUGGGCCACCGUCAGUAUGACCACUGUGGGAUAUGGGGAUGUGGUCCCAGGAACUACGGCAGGGAAGCUGACCGCCUCUGCCUGCAUCCUGGCAGGUAUCCUGGUGGUGGUGCUGCCCAUCACCUUGAUCUUCAAUAAGUUCUCCCACUUUUAUCGGCGCCAAAAGCAACUUGAGAGUGCCAUGCGGAGCUGUGACUUCGGAGAUGGAAUGAAGGAGGUCCCUUCCAUCAAUUUAAGGGACUACUAUGCCCAUAAAGUUAAAUCCCUCAUGGCAAGCCUGACGAAUAUGAGCAGGAGCUCACCAAGUGAACUAAGUUUAAAUGAUUCCCCACAUUAGCUGAGAGGACUUGUCAUCUUCAAACCCACACUGCUGAGUUGCCUCCUGUGCCUCUGGCACAGUUCAGGCACCUUGUGGUUAUGGUGUAAGAAGUACGCCCAACCCUAAAGGGGAGAGAUGCAUGGGAUAUGCACCCCAGGUUGCUUUUACAAGUAUUUAGAAUCAUUUUUAGAGGGUGUUGUGUCAGACACCAUGCCUUUGCACCCUUCAAUGAAAUGACACUCACUGGUCUUUGCUUUGUGGGCAUAAAAUGUUCACCUUUCUGCCAGAGGAGUACCACCCAGAAUGCUAAUUUUUCUGUUUAUUGUGUGCUCUACUCUAGUGCUCGUGGCCCAGUACUGUCUGUGAGUUGUUUGUGCUCUUGUCUCUGAGGUUGUCAUGUGAGUUUUGUACAAAAUGCUCCCACAAGUCCAUCCAGUGAAAACACAUCUGUGGGUUCAGCAAGAACGUGAUGGGAUUUUUGCUCAGUCAGGUGAAAACAAAAUCUCAGUCCUUUAGCCACCGCUUUCAUUUAGUUUUGUUACCAAAACAAAGAAUGUGAAGUUAAGCACACAUGACCGAUGCAAGUCCGUGUGUUGUUUUUACAAAUAAUCUGUAGCUCUGUGGCUUGCAUGGGCACACGGGUCACCUUUAGGAUGAUGUACACUGAUGUUCAUCUUGUAAAUGUCGCCUUUAGAGAAUGUGACUCAGUUAGACAUGUAGUGAUGAUUGAAGUUUUCUUUUUGUUUUGUUUUGUUUUGUUUGUUUUGUUUGUUUUCCAAGAAGAGAAGCACUAGGGACAGGGCUUCAGCUAAAUAGGCCAAAUCGUGGGAUAUCUGAAGACCUUUCAAAGUCAGGCCUUCAUCUUUCCAAGAGUGGCCAUAGAGACAUUUAUUUCUGGCUGAGGUUCCUGCUCUAGGCCAUUUGAUGAAAGUUUGCUGUGUCUUAGAUAUACGCAUGUUUCUUGAAAUAUUUAUUUUUUAAGAUGUUUAGAAAUAAGGUCUUCUUGUCUUUCUCAACUAAAAAGAGGUUUACUGUCGUAUUAGCUCCCUGAGGCAAACACUAUUAGAUCGCUAGCGAGGGCCGUAGCUUGGGAACUUUGUUGCCUCCUCUGGAAGCUCAUAAAAUGAGAGCCCCUUUAUAUCAGAGCAGAAUUUACCUAGAUCCUUUUGCUUCUAGGAUACAGUAUGUUAUAUGUGAUGCUCUAAUUGCCCUGCAGUUCCUGGUAUGACAGGGAAACCCGGCAGUGUGGAAGAGUGUACUCAAAAUAUAGACAUGCAUGAAUGAAUCAAGUCUGUGUGGCUAACCCAGGACAGAAAUACUGUAGUGCUUACUUUCAUUUCAAUGACCUUUUGGGAGAAGGUGGGUAGAGGCCAGGAGCAAAGAAAGAGUUGUAAAAUAAAAUAUCAUUACUUCAUAAAAUGUCAUAGAUAACUGCAAACUUCUUGAAAAGCUUACUGCUACUUAAAAGACCUUUCAAUUUUUAAACUUGUGUUGAAAGUUGAGAACGCUUUCCUUCUCCACAAUGCCCUCUUGCCCCUUCUUCAGUCAAACUAGCACACAACAUGGUGAAGGGAACCUAGGGCAACUUUGUAACAUAAUUCUCUAGGUAAUCAGGUGGUUCUUCAGGCGGCUUCCAUUACUGUUUGGUCUUUGGAAGGGCUACUGAAUCCAGGGGUGUAAGUGAGGAGUUAGGCAGGCUUUCUAUCUAAGGUUUGGGCCUUCUCUAAAGACGUCCAUUUUUAAUCUUAGCUGGUUGAAGAAGAUACAUACCUCAGGAUUCUGUCAGAAGGCUUUGUUACUUAUGGUUGCUGUAGCUUCUACAAAGUGGGCAGUUGGUUGGAUGAAUGCACUAGUCCCUCACACCCUUGAGUCUCCAAUUCAAAUCCUCCCAUGAGACUGGAGCCUCACAGGGGGCAUAGAGGUGGCCGCCUCCUCGUGCCCGGGGGUCUACCAUCCACAUCUCUUUGCCAGAAGCAUCAGAAAAGGUGAGAUGACUUGGGGGCGACUGGCUUCCCAGUCAGAAGAGCAGGUUUGUUUUUUAGAGUUUGCACAUGGUGUACAUGGACCACCAGAUUUGGCUCAUGUUUCCAGCACUAGAUGGCAGAGAAUUUACAAAAUUACCCCAGCUGCAUGGAGGGCAGGUGAUGGUACAAAUUUGUGAGCACUGUUCAGUUUGUCAAGGAUCAUAGUUCUCAGGGCACUGAGCAUGGUGUCCAUGGUCACUGACCAUAAAGCCUGUGAAAAGCUGAAACAAGGAAGGAGGCAGAAUAACUCAGUCACUCUCAUGAGUAUUUUUUCAACAGGCAGGUCUUACCACCAAAAAAGAGACCGCUAGUGGUUACUCUUGACAGAUGCGAAAGCUAAAAAACUGGACUUUCCGUUUUAGUAAUGACUUGCAUUUAUUUGGUGCCUUUCACUGGGGGAAUCCCAAAGUGCUUUAGAGACUGUCUUUUUAACAUCUCUUGUACAUAUUUAUGCACUUGUAUAAAAUAUUGCUGUGUCCAUCCUGGACCUUUAGUCACUUCUGAGAGUGAGAAUGUCUUAAUAGCAUCGACUUCUCCAAGCUGUGGUUUCACAUUAGAGGGAGAGAGAACAACCCAGCUGACUUGAACCCUGGAGUUAAUUCCCACAAAGGGUGGUGCCUGAAUGUGGCGUAGGGAGAAAUAACCUUCCUUUCCUUCAAAGUACCACCAAGGUAUGGAGUUCACAAGUGCUCUCAGUUGGGCUCUAACAUCUUAAGUAGCUGUUUCUUCUGGUCUCUGAAACUAAACAGGGAGGAUCAGGUGAAUUUUAUGCUUUGUCUCUGGAGUUAAGAAUACAAUUAUGAGGUGACAUCAUUGGCCACCAGGCUGUCAGAUUGACCCAUAAGCCUCCUUUAGGGGGACACAAUAGAAGCUUCAGAUCACUUAUUUCCAGCUGUGGCUUAAGAGCAACUUCAACUUUCAGCAUUUGAAUGUUGUUAUUUUCAAUGCCAUUGGGACAAAUGUAUGGACCAGGGUCUUCUGACAACAUAUAUGAUGAGCAUUUCAAAAGUGCCAGUUGGAAGUGACACUGUGUCUCUAUUGCAUGGAUAAUGGUUAUAGAUUUGUAUUUGCUGCCAAACACCCUCAUUUCCUGGGUUUGUUCCUGAGGAGAGGUGUGUUGUAAUGCCGAGCUGAUUUGUAGUUCCUAAGGUACUAACUGGUAUUUAACAUUUGGACUUGUUAUUUCUACUUCUCUUAGUACUCAAAUAAUUGAACUACCUACUAAUUCUUGCCUCAUUUCAAAGAAAUGAUUUGUUCUGCACUUUGGGAGAGCAGCAAUCUGUACUGGCUCUGUGUUAUCUACUUGAAGGCUUAACUGGUAUUUCUUGUAUGUUUUAACAGCAUGACUUGUUACAGAGUUGUAAUUUUCAAAAUUGAAAACGCUGUAUUUGCGAUGUCAGUUUUAACACUCAUUAACACACUACUGUGCAAGCAUUGAGAUGGGCCCUGCUGAA